AUGUUCUGUAUCGUCAAAGCCAUUUUUGGCUUUCUGUCUUUCUUACCGCUCUUAGAGGCCUCGAGCUGCGAUGCAGAUCCAGGCCCAAGCAAGAAUCCUGCUUUGCUGCAGGUGAAGCGGCAUCCUCUGGAAACCGUGCAGCCAGAGGUGAUUCCGCCACUGCAGCAGGUCCACAAGGGACCGCUCUUCGAGCAAUGCCGAACCCGGGCGUCCUCCUCGCCUCACCUCACACGCCGAGGGUUUGAGGCGCAGAAUGCCACCGUGAGUUUGCUCUCCUCGGGCCGAAGCUGCAGUGCGGACCCCGUGACUUUGGUCGCUUUCUCCAGCAACGGGCAGGCCACUAUCUCGUGCUGCGAUGCAGUGAACAUGUACUGCUCUGGCUGUACCAGCUUAUCCGCCUCUUCCUGCGCCGCCUGUGCCGGCGGCUUCCACAAGUCGGGCUCCCGCUGCGCCGCCUGCCGCGACGUGCCGGGCUGGCGCGACGCCGGCGGGCGCAGGUGCAAGGAGUAUGUGCAGAAUGGUGUGUGCCUGAAUGGAGCGAUCCAUGAGAACAAGUUUCAGAGCCUUUUUGUAUCGCACAUGACCUUGAAGGAGUAUCGUGCGAAAGGCCUUUCAGCCUUCGACGCCUGCUGUGCCUGUGGCGGUGGCAUGCGUGCGAGCACGCCCUUCCGCUACGGCGCCGCGGGCAAGGCCUUCGUUUUGGGGGAGCCCAUGCUGGACCGGCCACAUCCGCGGACGGCGCAGAGCUACCGUGUUCAUGGGCUGCUGGAUGGCGCUACCUGCGACCUGCACAGCUAUGGUUUGUCACUGGACCCGGUCACUGGCCAGGUUUCAGGCACUCCGAAGGCUGAAGAGCCGACGAGCAUCGAAUGCACUAUCGAGGCAGUGGAAGACGAGGCUGCUGGCUUGGUCUCCAAUACUACGCUGACCAUCAACCUCCAGUACUUCGCCUAUGAUGCUGAGAUCUUGUCCUUCCCAAACUCGGCGGGGUAUCUGCCUCGGACGAAGGCGCAGACCAGCUACAGCAACUGGAGGGUGGCCUGCACUCCACACACAGCCUGGUUGACCAUUGAUGGAUCCACGGGGCGCCUCAGUUCCGGGAGCACCUCGCCCGGGACGCCGCCCGCGGCGUAUUGCACGGUGACCGCCUUCAAUGGCACGGCGGAUCAGGCCUUGUCCCUGCCUGUGGUCUAUCCGAAGCGUGGCCUUCGGGAGCUUCGCCAAAGCGUCGGUAGCGAGAAGGUCUCCGUGGGGCCCGUGUUGGAUCUCAUCGCAGGCCGUGCGGUGCCGCCCGUGUCGUUCAGCUCCGCGGACGCCAGCGAGUCGCCCCCCGUGGCCUUCUACGCGGCGUGCACGUCGAGCGCGACGACGGACGUGGUCUUCGACGUGACCACGGGAGAUCUGCUGGUGCGCGGACAUGCGGCCUUCCGGCUGCAAAUGCUGAGCGGGGAGCUCACCGGGAUCCCAGACAUGGGUGUCUUGGAGCAAUGCCAAAAUGUGGCACGCUGCAAGCUGCAACUGGACUGCAGCUUCUUCGGAGAGUUGCCCUUCCAAGCACAAGGCGCGCCACAGUUCGUGAAGCGCAGUGUGCAGGUGGUGAUUCGGGAUGACACCUGCUGGCAGCUGGCCGACGACAAGUGGCAGACGCUGCGGUCCCUCCCAACACACCUGGGCGGCACAUGCCGUGCCCGCUGCCGUGCGGACGCUGGCUGUGCCGCCUAUGCGGAGACCAACAGCGGCGGGUGCUACGCAGUGCGCAGGGUGAGCGCCGAUGCGUGCCCAAAGCUGUGUGGUACCUGUGGCAGCCAGGCGUGCCACGACUUCUGCCGCGGCGGGCAAUGCUCGUCCAGUAGUGCUGGCACCUCCGUGGACUGUCGAGGCUGCGCUCCCAGCGACUUCACCCGCGCCCAUGUGCGCAUCAACGACUGCGACGGCGCCUCCAGUUGCUUGAUGAUCCGCAAAACGGGCCCAGGGGCCGCGUUCUUGGAGGGCGAGUAUUGCCCUACAGAGGAUGGCGAGAAGGAUGGGCUUCUGCCUUGGUAUGCAAAAGCUGGGGAGGUGGAGGCUGCGACGCUGUACUUGGCUCCCUUCCGGGCUGAGCGGGAGGUGGGGCUGACUCCUUGCCCGAACAACACCGCCUGGGUGAUCCGGAGGAGCAGCAAGAAGGAUUUCUUCGAGGGGAGCUAUGUGGAGAUGCGAGGCACAGUCCUGGCCUGCCUUGACCAAAGCGCCUUGGGCGUGUCUGCGGAGCGAAAGACCUUCGGCAUCAUGGACAGCGUGUUGGAUGAGAUGUCCUCAAGCAUGCACAUCACCAUCUUGGAUAGUGAGUACCUUUCGACACACGGCAAGCAACACUGGGGUGGCACUGGCAUGGGCCUCGUGCAUGGGUCUUAUGCGAAGAAAACCCAGGACGAUGGGACGUGGGCCUUCAUGCAUACGGCGAAUGCCACGGAGCACGUCAGCGUGAAGAUGCCCACGACCUCCGACGUCAGGCACAUGGUGCUCUUGAGCUCGGAGCCAGGUCACAGGCCGGUGCAGGCGACGGCAGAGAGCCUACUCGAGGAAGAGACGGAGGUCACCAGCGAUGUGGACGAAGACGAUGAGGAGGACCUGGCGAUGGACGCGGAAGACACGGAGGUGGGGCAAUCCUGGACCAGUGAGCGACGGCGGAGGAACAGGAGGAGGAGGAGGUCCAGAAGAAGGAGGCGCACCACCACGACCACCACGACCACGACGAGCACGCUUCCGAACACCUACGUGGGAUUUCAGAUCAAUGAUGGCCUGCUUUAUGUUGUGACAAAGAACACCCAACAGCAGAUCCAGGCACCCAGCGGGAUGUCCAGCGUCGCCACCGUCGAGGCGAAGGUGGUCGGAAGCUCCGUGGUGGUGUUUUUGGAUGGCAGUGAGGUGGCCUCGAUCGCGAAGCCCACGACCGGUCCGCUGUAUGGGGCGUUGUGGUCCAGCCGGGGAGCUGCGGUGGAGCUUCCCGAUGUCUUCGACGAGGUCUUGGUCUCGCCGGUGUCACAGCAGUGCAGCAACCCCUUGGACGAGCGAGAGGCUGCGAAGUCGAAGGCGGAGGAGGAGACCAACCCUGAGGAUUUCCUCUUCGACGAUCCCAAUGUGCCGUUGGGGGUGGAGAACUUGUACUCCUUGUCACCGUGCGAGUGCUUCAGUGGUGACUUUGGCAACGCCCCUCCUGUGGACGACGGGAGCUUUGCAACGAUGCCACCGGGGAGCGACAACAGCUAUCUGCCCGCCAGCCUUUUGAUCGUCUCUGGGAGUCUCUCCUGUGAGCCUUCCAAUUUGCUCCAGACCUUGGUGGACACCGGUGCCGAGGGCUGUGAGAUGGCCUGCCGCAGCGGCGACUACACGGUGGGCUCCUCACAAUGCAACUUCUACUUCACCGGGAGCUACACCGACGUCACCGUUUGCCGUCUCUACAGCGCAUGCGACAGCCUGCUGCACGAGGUGAACAGCCAUGGAGAGCUCUAUGGCGUCUCUCGCCAGGAGAGCUGCUUGCUGAGCUCUCCUGAACUCUGUCGUGCCAAGAAGCGGGAGAAGUGGCUGGCUGGUGCCGCCGCUGGGUGA